CAUGUUUUGACCGCCUCAGAAUUCGGCAGUUCAUUAUUUUAAAAGCAGUCAAACUGGCGAGGGUUUCUUUUGUGGCUGAGCUGUUUGUUGUUUGCGAGUCUGGUGGGUUACAAGUUCGUCUCAUUAGACUGACUCCAGAGUGACCCCAGAAAAGAGUGACCCCUAGAAUGAGACGCCCUCUCCAAGCAGCCGUGUUUGUGUGUUCUCUCUUCCAACUCUCCCUGGCCUGGGUCAGGCUGACCAAUGGACAGUCGGGGUCGACCUGUGAACUCGGGUACCGGAAAUGCAUAGCCCGGUUCUCCGAGUGCCAGGAUGGCGAGUGUGUCUGCAAGUCUGGCCUCAGGGGGCGGGGCGACUUCUUCUGCUUCCAGCCAGCCUUCUAUAACGCCGAGGUUCUCAACGACCCUAACCUUUGGAACUUCAAGGCCGAGUACUCAGCCGUGCCCGCCCCCUGCCGCUACCUGCUCACACACUUCCGGUCAAACUAUACAAAAUGGCCGUUUGGACAGUGUGAGGUCAAGGUCCACGCCUACAACGCUAAACAUCGCGGCACCGUCUACGUGCACGGCUUUGAUCUGGCACUGCGCAUCGUGACGUCACACGCGGUACUCACGGGCACAGAGAUCUCCUUCAGGAAGUUUGGGCAUGCCACGGCCAGCGGUUAUACGUUUGAAGAGCUGGGCUCACUGAGCUACGCCCCUGACGGCCCGUGGAACGUCACCGACACGGCCUGCUACUCCAUCUUCCCCGGGUCAUCCCUUAGGGUCAGACACGACCCCUACAACAACUACGCCUACUUUGAGGUAGAGGCCUGUGGGGUCAAGGUCGUAUUCCGUCCUUUCAACCUUGAGGAGGGCGUGUCUCAGAGUCAGCUGCCCGGCCUGGGGGUGAUGGUCAGUACAGAGCACGAUGUCACGUGGUUGUCGUCGUCUGACGUCAUCGCCCUAGACCCCGCCAGUGACGUCACGUUGUCCAGCCUGGCGUCAAGUUUGAAUCUGACGAGACAGCAGGUCAUGUUGUACAGGAUGUUGGCCUCCAACGUCCAGCAGAACCAGCCAAACGCCGCGCCCAGUUGUGAGGCAGCUUCCAACGCUGUGACGUCAUGCACGAGUCCAGUACGCAGACGACUGGCCUUUGACCUUUGUGAGUUCAUGGUCAGGGACAAGAAGGUCAUCAACUGUCUCGACCAAUCGGAAAACGGGGGCGGAGUCAUGGACUUGUUUGCCAGGUGUGUGACUGCCGUCUGCACAUCGUCCGUGACCUUGUGCCAGGAGGUCAAGGCCAGCGUGGCCACGUGUUCUGGGCGGAUGGAGGUGGCGCCGCCACUAUUACAACCAGGAGCGUGCCCGUGACGUCACGUGUCUCCAUCAGUGGCCCAUGACGUCAGCCAGCAGACGUGAGAUGUGGGUCAAGUAUUUCAAGAACUUCGUCUUUUGAUAAAAGUCGCCAUGUUGUUUUGUGAACUUUUAUACUGCCAAAAAUUCUGCUAAUUAACGUCAAUUAACACAGUAAAUAAAGUCAGCCCAUAACACAA